AUGCGGCGUCUUCGAAAGCCCACGAUGGAUGGAACUCCGCCUCAGAGGGCAGGAGCAAUUGCUAUCUCCAGUAGCGUUAGGCCUUUCAUGUUCCGUGCUGAAAACGGCAGGGCGUUCGGGCACCCGAGGGCCCGAGAUGUGUUGCAGUUGUCACAGCUGCUGUCGCAGUUGGUGCGGUUGCAGAAAGGACGCCUGGACGUGUGCAGC